AUGGAGGGAGUUGGGUUGUUACGGGAAGUGAGGGAAGGGGUGGAUGUGGGGAGGGCCGGAAGAGGUGAUGGAAUGAGGGAUGAGGAGAGGGGCAGUGAAAGAGAAGAGAAGCCGUUUGACUAUGUUGGUGUUGCUGAUUGUGUUGUUGAUGUUGCUCACGCGGAGCAGAAUUGCUUGCCAGGCGCAGAUGUGGUGCAGCUGGUUCAGGUGUUUGUGGGUCAGAUGCAGGUGAUUCAGCCGUGCUUUGACUUCCUUCUCCCCAGCAGCAGCAUCGGAGAUUUGAUUGCAGUUUGGGACUUUUGCUGCCGCUUCUCCCCUGCCUUCCGCCUCUCCCCCUUCUCCCUCUCCUCUCUAGAGCUGUCGCUGGCGUUUGAGGGGGAGGAUGGGGGCGGGGGGAGGCGCGGAAUGGGGGGAGGACUGGCGGGGAGAGAGGGGGCGAGGAGAUUUGUGAAGGGAGAAGCUGAGGUGUUAGAGUGUGAGGGGGGGGAUGGGCAGGGGGAAGUGCGGUGGGGAGAGCAGGGGGGAAGCCAGGGGGAAGAACAGGGGAAAGAGCAGGGGGGAGAGCAGGGGGAAGAGUGUGGGGGAGAGCAGGGGGGAGAGCAGGGGGUCAAGCAAAGGGCGAAGCAUGGGGAGGAGCAAAGGGAGAAACAGGAGGGAGAGCAGGAGGCAGUGCAGGGGGAGGAGAAAGGGCGACAGAAUGUGGAAGGGCAGGAAACGGGGGGAGGGGGUGGGUGCCGGAAAGAGGAGAGGAGGGAAGAGGAGGAAUUGGACGAACAUGCAUUGAAAGAGGGGAUGUUGGAAGACGAAAAAAUGGUUUUGGGGAAAUUGGAAGAGGGAAAGUUGGAAGAGGGAAAGAUGGAAGAGGGGAAAUCGGAAGAGGGGACAUUGGAAGAGGGGAAAUCGGAAGAGGGGAAAUCGGAAGAGGGGAAAUUGGAAGAGGGGAAAUCGGAAGAGGAGAGAUCGGAAGAGGAGGAAAAGGAGGGGUCGGAAAGAGGGUGGGAUUGGGGGGCAGGGUGGGGGAAGGGGCGAAGGCUGAGAGGCAGGCGGGAUGGAGGAGGAAAGGAAGGCGGUGCGAGUGAGAGCCGGGAGAGGGAAAGAGUGCGGGAAGAAAUAGGGAAUGGAAGAGGAAACGGCAGGAGGGGACAAGGCAGAGGAGGGAGUGAGGGAGGGAGAAGGCGUAGAGAGGUUGUGUUACCUCCGCUGUUGGGGGAGGUGCAUACGGCACUGCUGUGGGCAGCUCUGAGCCAUAAAGGUUUCGAAGAGGAGUUCAAGAAGCAGCGGCAGGGGAAGAAAGAGGUGUCGCCUCACACGUGGCUGGAGGACGUGUCAGCAUGGGCCAACACCCCUUCAGUGCACUCCAGGACAUGGCAGACUGAGAACCUCUCCAAGGAGUCGUUAAGCACUGCUUCGGUGCAUGGCAGAGUGCGACUUGAGACAUCUCAGGGGCUCGGCGCUGAAGCAAAGCUGCUCUUGCUUCGGGAGCUGGUGAACGCUGCACUAGAGGGGGACAUUCUGCGGGCAGCUGUGGAAAAAAAACUUGCAGCUAUGGACGAGUUGGCCGGGCAGAAAAAAGUUUUGGCGGAGGAGGAACGGGCGUGCAGGGAGAAAGCAGCAUUGCGGGAGAGAGUGAGAAAGAGGGAGAGAGAAGAGAGGGCGAAGCAGAGGAAGGAAAGGGAAGAGAGGGCGAGGAGGGAGGAGGAGGAGAGGAUUUUGAGGGAGGAGAGGGAGAGGAGGUGGAGGAAUCGGGGGCUGUCCUGGCCCACCAGUAGCAGGAGGACACGUGGCACUGGUAGAGAUUCUGUAGGAGGGCUGUCCGAUGCUGUGAGGGAGGGGGAAGGGGAGGAGAGACUGGAGGAGGGGAGAGAGGAGGGUCAAGGAGGGGAAGGGAUGGAUAAGCAGAUCAGGGGAAGGAAACGAGGAAGGAGAGCAGUAAAGGGCAGUUUGGGUAAUGGGUGUGGGAGCGAGGAGGGGGAGAAGGAUGAGGGAGAGAGGCGAGAGUGGGAGCUGCAGUGGGAGGAGAAGGAGAGGAGGUGGAGACGAGAGGAGGAGGAGGAGGCAGCAGAGAGGCAGCAACUGCAAAAGAAGUGUCCGGACCUGGAUAAAGUGGCAUCGGUUAAAGCUGUGCCAGUGGGGUGUGACUGGGAGGGCAGGCGAUUACUGCUCUCCUCCAUGUCCUCCCCUCCAUUCGCUCCCCACCAGUGCCAGGACCUGGAUAAAGAGGCCGAGAAGGCAUUGGCUCGAGCUGUUGCCCAAUGGAGUGAUCAACCUCCUCACUGCCCCAUCCCUCUCCCCCUUCCCAUCCCUCUCCCCCUUCCCAUCCCUCUCCCCCUUCCCAUCCCUCUCCCCCUUCCCAUCCCUCUCCCCCUUCCCAUCCCUCUCCCCCUUCCCAUCCCUCUCCCCCUUCCCAUCCCUCUCCCCCUUCCCAUCCCUCUCCCCCUUCCCAUCCCUCUCCCCCUUCCCAUCCCUCUCCCCUUCCCAUCCCCCACCAGUGCCAGGACCUGGAUAAAGAGGCCGAGAAAGCAUCGCAGUGUUGACGAGUUAGACGCCCUGCUGUGCUCUCUGGACCCUCGCUUUCCCUGUGAAAGGCGCCUGCACGCCCAGCUCACUUCACAGCAGGACAGCAUCAGAUCCUCCCUGCUCUCAGGAGCCAGGGCUCUAGCUCGCCAGCUGGCAGCAGCUGCUGCCUUCUCCUCCCCGUCGUGUGGUGAAAAGGGGGGAUUCGGCUUCAGGUGUGGUGAUAAGGGGGGAUUCGGCUUCAGGUGUGGUGAUAAGGGGGGAUUCGGCUUCAGGCAGGCAGUGGUUCUGGCAGAAGUGGGCGUUGGUGUGGCCCUUGCCGUGCACCGAGUCUCCUAUCACCUGAUGGGGGUAUGGGAGGGAGAGGGGGAAGGGGAAAGGGAAGCACACCUGAGGCGGCAGGCGGUGGUUAAGGAGGAAAUGGGUGUUGGUGCGACCCUUGCCAUAGAUCCAGUCUCCAAUCACCUGAUGGGGAGUGGAGGAGGAAUCACACAGGAAGGAGGGGGGAUUACACAGGAAGGAGGGGGGAUUACACAGGAAGGAGGGGGGAUUACACAGGAAGGAGGGGGGAUUGCACAGGAAGGAGGGGGGAUUGCACAGGAAGGAGGGGGGAUUGCACAGGAAGGAGGGGGGAUUGCACAGGAAGGAGGGGGGAUUACACAGGAAGGAGGGGGGAUUACACAGGAAGGAGGGGGGAUUACACAGGAAGGAGGGGGGAUUACACAGGAAGGAGGGGGGAUUACACAGGAAGGAGGGGGGAUUACACAGGAAGGAGGGGGGAUUACACAGGAAGGAGGGGGGAUUACACAGGAAGGAGGGGGGAUUACACAGGAAGGAGGGGGGAUUACACAGGAAGGAGGGGGGAUUACACAGGAAGGAGGGGGGAUUACACAGGAAGGAGGGGGGAUUACACAGGAAGGAGGGGGGAUUACACAGGAAGGAGGGGGGAUUACACAGGAAGGAGGGGGGAUUACACAGGAAGGAGGGGGGAUACACAUGCGCGUAUGUAUAAGCUUCCUCUCACAUGGAAAGCGAGGUGGUUGA